GCAACACAUGAUGGACAAACCAGCAGACGCCAUUUGAAACAAUAUUCACGACCUCGAAGAAGCAUGCAACAUCCGGCUUUCUCCAUGAUAAUGGGCUCACCUAUGUCAUUUCCGGGUUUCUCGAUGCACGAUAGCUCCAGGUCUGAGACAAUGGCUGAAUGUAUUACAGACGAUAUUGUAUGUCCAGCAUGGUGUUUGAUGGAGGACGAUUGGGGAUGUAAAUAUUGUCCUUGUGGUCCAGCAAAUGGCAUGUCACCACCAACUAUAUCAGAACACAGACAGACAAAGCCGCGACACGAUGAAGAUUGUAUAGGGACUUUACUAUGUAUGCUCAGUUGUAAAGAAGGAUAUAAAUUAGGACCACGUGAUAGUGAACAUGGUUGCCAGUCUUGUACGUGUGUCAAGAAAAAUGAGACAAAAACAGACAACAGCAUGAGCAGUUAUAAUACUGGAAGCAACAACACAGGAAGUCACACCAGUAAUCAACCGUGUGCAUGGCCAUUGUGUAUGAAUGGCAACGGACCGAAUAACGGACCUGGCAGCGGAGCUUCGAUGACGUCACUUCCAAUUGGGGGCGUUAAAGCAGGUGGCUCAUUACCAGGGGUUGAUUGUAUAGGAGCAGCCUGCUCCGCAAAGAAUGGAAUGCAAAUGAUGAACCAUGGAUCCCUUCCUAUAACACCAUCAAUACCUCAACCCCUACCUAUAUCGACACCAUCUCCAUGGCGACCAACUACAAAGAGAUCACUUGCAACAGUUCCACCGAAGAAAACACUGCUUCUGAUGUCGCCUACCAAGCCGACUCGACAUUUGUACUUGGUACCUUUACCCACGGAGGUACCAAAGAGAACCUGCUCGUCACUAGAAUACUGCAUGAACAAUUGCCAUCAUGGGUUUCAGGUACAAAACUCAAGGAAUGAAUGCCCAGAUUGCACCUGCAUUUUACGUAAGAACAUAGAGAAAUACUUUGUAUCAUUAUGA